CUAGAGGACCCUUCUUUGGUGGGAAGGAGAACAUCUCCUGAUGACCCCUGCUUUAUGGACAGACGGACUUAGGUGGUGAAUGAGGUCUAUUCCUUUCUAGGUUUCUGUAGAGAUCUAUAGGUAGCUGUUCACUUGGGAGUCAAGAGAACAAAACUAUUCAUUUGGAUACAAGGUCUAUCUGCAGUGGUGGCUGUGGUGGCUUUGGGUUGGUCGAAGACCAUCACCUUCAAGUCUGCACUUGGAAGCUAUCAUCCUUCCCCAGCCUGACCAUUACUUCUGUCCUCUGUCUGUAUCAUUGACAGAGGCUAUGUGUUUGGAGAGAGUAUUGUGUGACUGCUGACCUGGCAAUUGACUCUGACUCUUGCUACCUAGUUUAUCCAUGACUCAGUGAAAGAGUGUUAAAACAUUGACCUAGGACACAUUGAGAACCAAGGUCAAGACUGGAUAAGGCUGUCUAACUGGACUUCAGCCAUGACUGGAACUAAGAAUAAGAGGCGAGCCCAAGCCAAAGCUGAAAAGAGAGUUGUUGUACAGGUUAAGGCUGGAACAGAGAGAGAGGCUGCUGGUGUAGUCAGACCUGCUGCCAAGACCUGGUCCAAAGCAAAAACCAAGGCAGGGUCUAAGAGAGAUGCAGCGGCAGAGGCAAAGGCAGUGUCUAAGAACAAGGUAGUUGCUAAGAUGAAGGAAGGAGUUCUGUCAGAGCCUAAGCCUCUGGGCAAAGCCAUGGGAGAUUUUAGUCCCAAGGCUGAGAAUGAGGCCACCAGUUCCACAUGUAAAGAUGAGACUGGUAUUGAUGCCUGGUAUUGGUCUGGAGAAGAGGCCAGUAUCAAUUCCUGGUUCUGUAAUGGGGAAGAGGUCAGUAAACAUUCCAGUGCCAGUGCUAAGAAUGAAGAUAAAGCUGAAAUUGGUGCUGAGAAGUUGGAGCCUGCACCUGGGGCCAGUUGGAAGCCUAGGUCGGGGGCUGAGGAGGAGGAGGAAGAGAAUGUUAUUGGGAGCUGGUUUUGGGAAGGAGAUGAUACUAGUUUUGACCCUAAUCCUAAACCUGUGAGCAGAAUAGUUAAGCCUCAGCCUGUGGAUGAAAUUAAUGAAAAAGAUAGGCCCAAAGACUGGUCUGAAGUAACUAUCUGGCCCAAAGCCCCUGCUGUAACUCCAGCAGUGUUAGGAUUUAGAUCCCAGGCCCCAACUGAAGCAAGCCCUCCUUCAUAUAUUGUUCUUGCCUCUGCUGACGAAAAUACCCAUUCUUUGCCUGUGGCAACAGCCUGCCAUUCUAGGCGCACACACUCAUGCUCACAGACUGUCUCUGAGCACCCAUUUGGUUCUGAUCCUUGCAUCCAGACCAUAGGUGAAAUUAGACACCAAAUCAAGAUCAGGGAGGUAAAUGGGAUUAAGCCAUUUUCUUGUCCUUGCAAAACGGAAAGCUGCAUAGAUUCUGAAGAAUUUGAAAAACUUGUUAGCAUACUUAAGUCAACUACUGAUCCUCUCAUUCAUAAGGUAGCACAUAUUGCAAUGGGUAUUCAUAAUGUUUAUCCAUUUGCCCAAGAAUUUAUUAAUGAAGUAGGUAUAGUGACACUUAUUGAAAGCUUGCUCAGUUUUCCUUCUCCCAAAAUGGAAAAAAAGGCUGUAAUUACUCUGAAUCCUUCUGGGAAUGAAAGACAACGCAAGCUUGAAUUACAUGUUGAGCAUAUGUGUAAGGAAGCAGUGUCUUUUCCCUUGAACUCACCUGGACAGCAAUCUGGAUUAAAGAUACUAGAGCAACUGACUACUGAUUCUGUCCAUCACCAUAUUAUUGCCAGUUACUUUUCAGAGUUUUUCCAUUUGCUGUCCGAGGGAAAUCAUAAAACCAGAAAUCUUGUCUUGAAAGUACUUUUGAAUAUGUCUGAAAAUCCAACUGCAGCCAGAGACAUGAUCAAUAUGAAGGCAUUGGCAGCAUUAAAACUCAUCUUUAACCAGCAAGAGGCAAAAGCAAAUCUUGUUAGUGCUGUAGCCAUAUUUACUAACAUAAAGGAGCAUAUCAGAAAGGGCUCAAUUGUAGAUGUUGAUCAUGUGAGUUAUAGUACACUCAUGACCAUCUUCGAGGAAGUUAAGGGGAUUAUUGAAACCAUGUAAAAUGAGCCAGAGAUAGACAAGAACACUAUAAACCAUCUUCAAACUCUAGCAGUCUGUACCUCCCCAAACAGCCUUGUAUUGUGUUUUGGUUGUUAUGAUGUGCAUAUUAUAUAUAGCAAGAUAUUACCUGUGACAGGUUCUAGGUUUAAGCUAGACCAUUUUGGGCGUGUCAGAUAAAUUCUUGAGCUGAAAACAUUUGUUGAUUUUUAUCUUGUUUGGAUUGAUAGAUUUUUAUCAUUUUACUUUAGAAGAUGGUGAACCAGUUCAUCAUAAGUAAGAUAGCUUGUUCAUUAGUGUCCACUUAGUUCCAUUUGUGGCUUCAAAUAAAAAAAGAAAAUAUCCUUGAGUUUGUAAUCUAGUUACAGAAGUAAUAUGCACAAAGAUAAUAGUACCUAGAGUGUGUGUGCACAUAUACCCAUUACCAAAUGUGCCCUCUCAAUGUGUAAAGGAGGCAGAGAUUGCUAUAUGCUGUUUAGUAUAAGAAGUUACUAUUUUUCCGGUAUUCUACCUGCCUCAGACAUUCAUUCUACAACACAGAAAUGACCCAGAAUCUCAGAUGAUAAUAACGUAAUGUUUAUUUUUUAUUUUAAUACUAAAUUUAUGACUCUUAAAUUGUUAAGCUUUUUCAUUUAUGUCAAAGCCAUCUCACAGAAAAGGAGGAAAACAUUUUGUAAGUGCCAACCCUAUGAAUGACACUGCUGGUACUUUUUUUUUUUUUU